GUCUAGCUAGCCAAUAAUCACCUCUUUUCUCUCCCUCCCUUUGUGAUCGAUCGUAAACUUCUUGGGCCCUAUAUUAAACAAAAUGAAAUCAGAAGAAGUUAUUAGGUUGCACAGAAACAAUAGUAUCAUCAGCUCAAGAAGCCAUACUCAUAAUAAUCAUAAAAUCAUUCCAUACAAUUAUAUCAUGAGUCGAUCAUCUUCGUCAUCAACAACGACAACAAGAACAUCAAACUCAUCAGCAUCAAUUAAUCAUCAAUACCAAUAUUCCUACGACAUCGAUCGCGAUCAUAUUGAUUAUAAUUUCUCGAUACCAUCAUCAACUAAUACCGAGGCUUCAUUAGUCCCACGUAAAUCCGGAGGUCCUCAUCAUGCAAAACAGAAACUACCUAAUGUUACUAAGGGCGGACCCUUGACAUUCAUCUCCAUAAUCAGAUCAUUUUUCCGUUGCACCUCUAUCUGUAAACUAUUCCCUAGUUAUUCAUGUCAUUGGAUUUCCCUCCCUUCCAAAGUCUUAGCUAUUGCUCCAUCUUCAUCCUCACCAAAUUUAGGGCGUAAAUUUACGGGCACCCUCUACGGGCACAAGAAGGGCCACGUUAACUUUGCCGUUCAGCAUGACCCAAAAUCCGAACCUGUUUUAUUACUUGAAUUAGGAACCUCCACGGCCAUGCUAGUGAAGGAGAUGUCAUCCGGGCUGGUUCGAAUUGCGCUAGAAUGCGAGAAAAAACCAUCCGACCAAACUAAUGGGGGACGGGGCCGGUCCACCAGUAAGAUUUUUCAAGAACCUAUGUGGACUAUGUAUUGUAACGGAAAGAAAUAUGGGUAUGCGAUUUCCCGGACAUGCAGUGAAUCAGAUUGGCAUGUUUUGAAUACCAUUCAAACAGUUUCAGCUGGUGCCGGUGUAAUACCUAUGGAUAAAGCUCGGAUGGAGAAUUGGUCAGACGGAGAACUUAUGUACAUGAGAGCAAAGUUUGACCGAGUUGUGGGAAGUCGAGACUCUGAAGCGUUUUAUAUGCUGAGUCCGGAUGGAACUGGAGGACCGGAACUCAGUAUUUUCCUCCUCCGAAUUUGAUGGGUAUUAUUGCUAUAUUCCUUUUUUCUUUUUCUUUUUGAUUUUUAGCUAUGAUACGAGAAAAAACUAGUUUGUUUGCACUUUUUUUUUUCCUGCUAAGAAACAAAUUUUUCAUUGACAAAGAAGGAGGUUACAAGCAUUCACAAUCAGUUUUCUCUCAAAGUAGUUCAAAAAAAGAAGACAUGAAGACCAAGUAACUUUAACACAUAACUUCCUACCCCGGCGUGCAAGCCGGUCAGCAAAUUUAUUCAUAGCACGCUUAAUAUAUACAAGCUUCAAAGGAAAAAAAAAGAUACUAACAAUUCAAUAUGUUAUGUUACAUUAUCCUUUUUUAUUAUAAAUAGUG